CCCGUCUCGUUUCCUCCUUUCCCUUCCCUUCCCCCCAUCGCCCCUGGCUUGGCGUCUACCCGGCGCGACCCGGACCGAAUCCGAGGCCGCCGCCGUCGCCCGUCGGUGCUGCCCUCCCCGCCGCCGGCUCCCGUGGACACGAGUUUGGAGUAAAGAAACCAACCUUGCAUCUGUGUUCUGUCUGUGCCGCUUUCCUUUGGAUUCCAGAAAAUUUUUUCGAACAAGCCAUUGCAUCUCACUGACUUGAGGUAACUAUGCCAAAGGACAGGAGCUCCCGCAUUUCCUCCUACGAGAGUCGACGGUCUCGUGCCUCUCCAUACUUCUCAUCACCGUCGCAUGGACGGAGCGGUUGUUCUCGCCUGUCAGAAGAGUCUUCCGCUGCUGCUGCAGCAGCUGCUGCGAAGCAGGCUGCAGAGUGGGAGGAGGUCCGAUGCCCUGUGUGCAUGGACCACCCUCACAAUGCGGUCCUGCUGGUCUGCUCAUCGCACGAGAAGGGCUGCCGGCCCUUCAUGUGCGAUACAAGCUCGCGGCACUCCAAUUGCUACGAUCAGUACCGCAAGGCCUCUAAGGAUUCUUCCAAGGAUUCUGCGGCCGAGUGCAGCGAGUGCCAGCAGCAGGUCCAGCUCUCUUGCCCGUUGUGCCGUGGGCCUGUCAGUGAUUGCAUUAAGGACUACGAUGCAAGGAGGUACAUGAACUCCAAGGUUCGAUCGUGCACUACAGAGUCAUGCGAGUUCAGGGGUGCCUACCAGGAGCUGAGGAAGCAUGCCAGGGUGGAGCACCCGGCGGCAAGGCCAAUGGAGGUAGACCCUGAGCGGCAGCGGGAUUGGCGCCGGAUGGAGCAGCAGCGGGACAUUGGAGACUUGCUGAGCAUGCUGCGUUCAGGGUUCAGCAGCAGUAUUGAGGACGACAGCGGCGGUCUUGGAGCCACUGAAGAAGGAGAAGAGGACAUAGCCGAGAGGACUCCAGCCUCAAUAACAAUGGUCUUCAUCAUGCCGUCAGGUGGUUCGAUCAUGCAGUACUUGACUGAGCGCAGCAGGGCGAUCAUUGUGGUCAGUCGGCGGCGAGCAAGCAGCAGUGGUGGGGAUGCUGAAGCCACAGCUCCAGACAGCGAGGAAGGUGAUGACCCUAUGCCAUCGGCAGAGGCAUCGGCUGGUUCACAGCAUUCUUAUGAAGAAGAAGCUGAUGGUGACCCUGCACAAUGACAGAUGUAAGCUGGAAGCGGUCCCAUGGCGUCCUCGUGACCUGAAGAUCCUGGCAUCCCAACGUGGUAUGUGUAGAUUUCGCAGCAUAACAUGCAUACCGUACCUCGUGCCUGGGGGUGAAGAAACAUGGACGCUGAUGCCUCCGAGGCGUAGUCAGGACAUUCUGCCUACGCGGGAGAAGGAUUAAGGGAAUCAACAACACAGGGAAGGGUUCGAAACCGUGGUGGAUCAAGAGGUUGGUCUGUAGUGUCCUUUCUAAUGUAUCUGCUGAGGUUUGUAGCAACGAAGAAAAAGAAAACAAUUGGGUGGUUGUAUCUAUCUGUCUGGAUGGGUUUCCAUUUCCUUGCGUUGUAAUUCUCUUAUUUAUGACAUCAAAUAGAUUUGUCCCGAACUAAGGAAUCUGGUCGUACUUGCACUGGAUAA